CAGGUGCUUCCGUGACCUUUACUAGAUCGUCGGUCCACUGAGUGGGAGAACUGCCUACACCGUGUCAUUCCAGCAGAAUAGAUAGACGAUAGCAAGUAAUGUCAAAACUGACCCUGGACGGCUUUUUUUCAUACUGCAAGCAAAUAGCUGAGCACAUACAGUUGGGUGAGAGGAUGGCGUCCCUGUCCGGCCAGAGCACUCCCAAGCUGACCUCCUCCGUCGGCAACCUCUACUAUGACUCGAUCCUGCCGUACCGCGAGGACGCCAACACGCAGACGCGCGAGUUCCUGGCGCGCGUCGUGGACGUGCUGCUCGACUACGUGCAGCAGGUCAACGACCGCAACGAGAAGAUCCUAGAGUUCAAGAUGCCGGAGGAGAUGCUGAAGAUCCUGGACCUGCAGCUGCAUGAAGAGCCGCUGCCGCUGAAGCAGCUGCUCGAAGACUGCAAGAUGGCGCUCAAGCACCAGGUCAAGACAGGCCACCCCCACUUCUUCAACCAGCUAUCCUGCGGGCUGGACAUCAUUUCCCUGGCCGGCGAGUGGCUGACAGCCGCUGCCAACACCAAUAUGUUCACGUACGAAAUCGCGCCGGUCUUCAUAUUGAUGGAGAAUGUGGUGCUCCAGAAAAUGCGGGACAUGAUCGGCUGGAAGACUGGCGACUCUAUCCUGGCCCCAGGUGGUUCCGUGUCAAACCUGUACGCGUUCCUGGCGGCGCGCCACCACAAGUUCCCGCAGUACAAGGAGAAGGGGCUCACCAGCAUCCCUGGACACCUCGUCAUGUUCACCUCGGACCAGUGCCACUACUCCGUGAAGUCCUGCGCCUCGGUCUGCGGCCUCGGCACGGACUACUGCAUCAGCGUGCCCUCGGACGAGCGCGGCCGCAUGAUACCCUCGGAGCUUGAACGGAUGGUGCGCUACCACAAGGACCGCGGGAAUGUGCCGUUCUUCGUGAACGCGACGUCGGGCACGACGGUGCUGGGUGCGUUCGACCCGCUCAUGGACAUCGCGGAUAUCUGCCAGAAGUACGACAUGUGGAUGCACGUCGAUGCCGCCUGGGGAGGUGGUCUGCUGUUCUCCAAGAAAUACCGCCAUCCCCGCCUCACUGGCAUUGAGAGGGCCGACUCCGUGACUUGGAACCCUCACAAGCUGAUGGGCACCCUGCUGCAGUGCUCCACUGUGCACUUCAAGUACGAGGGCAUCUUACUGAGCUGCAACGCCAUGUCUGCUGAAUACCUGUUCAUGACGGACAAGAUCUAUGACCCUCGCUACGACACUGGAGACAAGGUCAUCCAGUGCGGCCGUCACAACGACAUCUUCAAGCUGUGGCUGCAGUGGAGAGGCAAGGGCACCUCCGGCUUCGAACGCCUCAUGGAUCGCAUCAUGGAGCUGGCGGAGUACAUGGUGCGCCGGAUCAAGGAGCAGCCGGACCGCUUCCACCUCAUCCUGGAGCCCGAGAUGGUCAACGUGUCCUUCUGGUACCUGCCGAAGCAGCUACGUGGCAUCCCUCAUGAUAAGAACAAGGAAAUCCUUUUGGGGAAGGUGUGCGCCAAGCUCAAAGGUAAGAUGAUGCAGGCCGGCACCAUCAUGGUGGGCUACCAGCCCGACGACCGCCGUCCGAACUUCUUCCGGAACAUCAUAUCCUCGGCCGCCGUCACUGAGAAGGACGUGGACUUCCUGCUGUCCGAGAUGGACAGGCUCGGACAGGACAUCGUGGUGGAUUAAGCAGUUUGAGGUGGUUACGUGGCGUGGUGUUGGGGUUUGAGAUUUGAGAUAAAAAAGUAAAAGUAAGUAUUUUAUUUGCCAACAAAAGGAUUACAAAAUUAGUCUAUUUUUCAGGCGGCUGCUGCACUAAGCUGUGCUUGUGUCGCGGCAGCCAAUGUAUAGGAUGCAGGUGUAAGAUGCAGGAAAAGUUUAGCCCUUCAAGUACCGAAUAGAAAAUAAUUGUUACCGCGGUCUCAUGCGAACACUUAGGUUGCACGAGAUAUAAAAAUUCUAAUGGUUUGAGGCGGUAGCUUAGAGCCAUGAGCAAGUAAAUUUUACUUCUUCCGAUUUGAUUUUAAAGUUUAAUCAACUUAACUGGAUGUAGG